CCUUUUCCAAAGUGUCGAGCGGUCAUCUCAUGUUGUUGUGGUCACCUUGUGUGGAAGAGUUUGGGGGCCGGACUUUAGCGCAGUGAUGGUCUCUCUGCGUGAUUGGUCUGUUUUGGACUGAGGGGGGCAUGCAUUGAGGAAUGUGUUGGCCAUCCUGGAGGGGAGAGUGAUUGGGAAUCACGUGGACUUGACCGAAACUGUGAGAGAGGGGGUCGACCAUGAGAAGCAUCAGUCCAGAGCAGUGACCGAUCCACUGAGGGAUCACCUGGAGAACCGAGAUUAACGCAAACAACCUCAGGAGAAAGGCACAGAGGGGAACCCAUGGCAGAGGGAGGGUGUACAAAAACAGAGGAGGAGGAGGGGCAGGCCCCCGAGGAAGACCCUCAGUCGUACCAUGGCGUGGGUGUGUGCAAGUGGUUCAAUGUUCGGAUGGGUUUUGGAUUCCUGUCCAUGACCACACGAGAUGGUGUGCCUUUAGAAACCCCAGUCGACGUGUUUGUCCAUCAGAGUAAACUGCACAUGGAGGGUUUCCGCAGUCUAAAGGAGGGCGAGGCUGUUGAGUUCACAUUCAAGAAGUCCUCCAAGGGUCUGGAGUCUCUGCGGGUGACGGGUCCUGCAGGAGCUCACUGUGUGGGCAGUGACAGGAGACCCAAAGGCAAGAGCGUCCAGAAACGCCGGGCCAAAGGAGACAGGUGUUAUAAUUGUGGUGGUCUGGACCAUCAUGCCAAAGAAUGUAAGCUGCCUCCCCAACCCAAAAGAUGCCAUUUCUGCCAAAGCGUCGCACACAUGAUUGCCAACUGCCCCGCCAAAGCCCAGCAGUCGUCACAGGGCUCUCAGGGAACGUCUGCAGGUCUCACGGGGGAGAAAGCAGAGCACAGUCAUUCCCCUCCGCCCACCGACUGAGAAAACCAAUCAUAUCACUAUACUGGAAAAACAAACGCAUAAUGCUGCUGUUGGAACUUCCUCAGGUCUAUGAGAAGAACGUCACUUUUUUAAUGGUCUAACACUCAGGAAUAGAGCUGCUCUCAGGAAUUUCAGUAAAGUGUUUGGUGUAUUACUGCAGUAGUUAUCUCAUAUCUCAUUAAGUGAUUUUUCUCUUCCUCGUCUAGAGUUGGCGAAAGGUAUAAACUCAAAACAAACGUCUUAUUCUUACAGAUGAUUAACUGAGUGUUUCUUGUACUUCUUGAUGCUUUUAUGAAAAUGUUUUGGUGGUGGGUUUGAACUGGGGAUUUGGCAAUUGCCAGUUUUGCAAUAGACUGUCCUGAUCACCAGGGACCAAAUGAAUGUUAAAACCGCUGGCUUGGCUCUCUUAACCAGCGGCUCUUUUUACACGUGUCCAAAUCUGUCACUAGUGAUCUGAACAAAAACACGCUCGAUUAGACAUGAAAGUAAAUAAUCAAUCACACUUUUAUCUCUAAACUCAAGUCAACCGAUAUUUGCUGUCUUGUCUUAAAUGCUGCUGAUCUGUAUGUCUGCUAGCGAUAUAUUUUGUUAUUUGUCUUUGGAGAGAAACAGAGAGAAAAAAGUUGUUCAUCUGAACAAAUGUUGCCCGUUCCUGCGUUGAUGGUGAAGACAUUGGCUCCGUUCUCCAGCUGCCUGUAUUGUUUUGGAAUGUAUUUAACAGCCUUUUACUCCCAUUUUACAGGAGGAGCUGAAAGACUUUAAAGCAUAUUUAAUAUAUAUAUAGAUAUUCUGUUUAUGUAAACCUAUUAUUAGCCUUACUCAUAGUAUUUAUUUAUAGCAACAUGCUCUGCAUCUUCUCCACAAUGUAAAAGAGACUCCGGCUCCUACCUCAAGUUUCUCAGUAUAAUUUCCAAAAUACCUCAACCAUCAUCUCAUGUGCCACGAAUCGGCAGAUAUUGAUGAGCUUUUAUUUGUGUAUGGUUGUUUUAUUGCACUGAUUUCUUGCUCUGUGCAUUUUAUUUUGUUAUAUCGUGGAGCAUUGUGAUAUCUUUGUCUGUGUUGAAGACGGCACUGUAAUCGGCCUCAUCUGACAGAUUUAUGUUUUAUUCUUUAGUCGCUAUUUAACCUAUAAAUGCCUUUCACUUUAGCAGUGUUGAAUCAUGACUCUGAACUCAGGGAGCGUAUCAAGCAGUGUGAGGUAGACAUGAUUUUACAUUAAGUGAUAAGAAUUAUUUUAUUAUAGUUCCAUGUACCAUCAUAAUUAUUGUAAUUAUUAACUUUCUGAGAUUUGUGGAUCAAACAGGAAUGUAUAUCCGGUAACACUUUAUUUUACGGUGUCCUUGUUACACAUUACAUGAAGUUACUAUAGUAAUAACUAUAAAUUAUGCAUAAUUACAUGCACAAGUACACACAGUUAACUAAUAUUUCUCAGUACUCAAAUGUAUAAUUACACUGUAACAAGGACACCUUAAAAUAAAGUGUAACUGUAUACCCUAACUAUGCUGUGGUUGCCUCCUACAUAAACUGGAAACAUUGCCAUUAUCUAAUCCAUUCCUUUAUGCAAUUAUGUUUGAGUUCUUGUUUUUGGCAUAUUUAAUAAAAGAAUGUAUCAUACAAAGUUUUGCACCAUUUAGCUGUGUUUUUGACUA